AUGAGGCAAGGCUGCGGUUCGGAGAAAGAGGAGGCCACGACCUGGGAACUUGCCGUUUGCUACAAAGCUCCAAAGCCCCUCCGUGGCAAUACGCUGGGCGGUCAGAUGGCUGAGUACCGGCAAGAUUGGGUCCAGCAAGAGCAAAGAAACCACACUACAGAACCUGUAAUAGAUGACUAUAAAAAGAUGGGGACUCUCUUUGGUGAACUAAACAAAAGCCUUAUCAGAAUAGGCUUCACAAGGAUGUACUUUGGAGAACGGAUAGUAGAACCUGUAAUAAUUAUAUUCUUCUGGGUUAUGCUCUGGUUUCUUGGCCUACAAGCUCUUGGACUGGUUGCUGUUCUGUGCCUUGUCAUUAUUUAUGUACAACAGUAA